GUGCUGGCAGCAGAGUGUGCAGUGUGGAGGGAGAUUUCUGUGUCGUAUUUCCAGGUUGCCUGGCAGUGUGUGUGUGUGUCAUGGCUGAGUAUCAGCUGGAGGCCACAGAGGGCGGCGGCAUAUACUCCAUCCCACAGGGGGAGACCAUGAUAGGAAGAGGACCCUUUCUGGGGAUUGCAGAUAAGAAAGUGUCAAGAAACCAUGCAAUACUGGAGGUGGUGGAUGGCAAGCUCCGCAUUAAACCGAUACAUGUGAAUCCAUGUUUUUAUCAAGCCUCUCACAAGGGCACCUUUGUACCUUUGGAAAAAGACGAAUGGUGCUUGCUGCACGAUGGUGACUGCAUCUCCCUCUUGCCAGAUAAAUACUCUUUUCGGGUCAUUGCACAGGAUGCAACGCUGAGGUAA